AGCUUUCUCUUCCCGCGGCAUGGAGGCCAGGCCUCUGCGGUCAGGGAGCUGACAUGCAAGCGGCCGCCGGGCGGCGGGGCGGCCCCGGUGGUGGCGGGAAGCGGUUCAACCCCAGCCCUCCCUCCGAGUCCCGGGUCAGCGGAGUGUAAACAGCCCGGCUCGGGCGGGGCUGGGGGCGGGCCCGCCCAGGGGAACUGAAGCUCUGAAGGCCCGUGUGGGUCUCUCCGGUGCCUCUGGGUGCUUUCGGGGUGAGGUCAUGGCUUUCACUCUGAUGUCACGUUGGACAUAUGACGUCACGCACAGCCACCACGCCCAGAAUCCUCGCGCCAAAACCGAGGACUUUCGGUGGAGCUACCGGCGCGCCCCUGCGACGGCUGGGCCAGGAAGCGCGGAAGGAACCGCCGGGGGCCAUGGACGGCGCAGUGAUGGAAGGGCCGCUGUUUUUGCAGAGUCAGCGCUUUGGGACCAAGGUGGAGGAAGACCUGGGCGGUGCUCUACCCGGCCAGUCCUCACGGCGUAGCGCGGCUCGAGUUCUUUGACCAUAAAGGGUCGAGCUCUGGGGGUGGCCGAGGGAGCUCGCGCCGCCUGGACUGCAAGGUGAUCCGUCUGGCUGAGUGUGUGAGUGUGGCCCCUGUUACCGUGGAGACCCCGCCUGAGCCCGGCGCCACUGCCUUCCGCCUGGACACUGCUCAGCGUUCGCACUUGCUGGCGGCCGACGCGCCGUCCAGUGCAGCCUGGGUGCAGACGCUGUGCCGAAACGCCUUUCCGAAAGGCAGCUGGACUCUGGCGCCUUCCGAUAACCCACCUAAGCUUUCUGCCCUGGAGAUGCUGGAGAACUCCUUGUACAGCCCCACCUGGGAAGGAUCCCAAUUCUGGGUAACGGUGCAGAGGACUGAGGCCGCCGAGCGCUGUGGCCUGCAUGGCUCCUACAUGCUGAGGGUGGAGACUGAGAGGCUGACUCUCCUGACCAUGGGGGCCCAGAGUCAGAUACUGGAGCCACUCCUGUCCUGGCCCUACACUCUGUUGCGUCGCUAUGGCCGGGACAAGGUCAUGUUCUCUUUCGAGGCCGGCCGCCGCUGCCCCUCAGGCCCUGGAACCUUCACCUUCCAGACGGCACAGGGAAAUGACAUCUUCCAGGCAGUUGAGACUGCCAUCCACCGGCAGAAGGCCCAGGGAAAGGCCGGACAGGGGCACGAUGUUCUCAGAGCUGACUCCCAUGAAGGGGAGGUGGCAGAGGGGAAGUUGCCUUCCCCACCUGGCCCCCAAGAGUUCCUUGACAGCCCCCCAGCCCUGUACGCUGAGCCCUUAGACUCCUUGCGAAUUGCUCCAUGCCCUUCCCAGGACUCCCUAUACUCAGACCCCUUGGACAGCACCCCUGCUCGGGCAGGAGAGGGAGUGCAACGGAAGAAACCUCUCUAUUGGGACUUGUAUGAACAUGCGCAGCAGCAGUUGCUGAAGGCCAAGCUGACGGACCCCAAAGAGGACCCCAUCUAUGAUGAACCUGAAGGCUUGGCCCCAGUCCCUCCCCAGGGCCUUUAUGAUCUGCCUCGGGAGCCCAAGGAUGCAUGGUGGUGCCAAGCCCGGGUGAAGGAGGAGGGCUAUGAGCUCCCCUACAACCCUGCCACUGAUGACUAUGCUGUGCCACCCCCUCGGAGCACAAAGCCCGUCCCUGCUCCCAAGCCUGAACCUGGUACUGCAACUGGCAGUGGCAGCAAAAGCUACAACUCAGCCCUGUACAGCCAGGUCCAUAAAAGUGGGGCCUCAGGGAGCUGGGACUGUGAGCUCUCUAGAGUAGGGACUGACAAGACUGGGGUUAAGUCAGAGGGCUCUACCUGAGAAGGAGGGCAAGGCUGAGGUGGCUAAGGAGGACCAUGGGGAGGUGGCACUAGGGAUCUAAGAAAAUGGUUAGAACCAGCAGAAGCCAGAAGGUGGGAGGGGCCGUGCUGUGUGAGACCAGGGGACCAGAGGGAUAGGGGAGUCAAAGGAAGGACAAUCCCAGGAAGUCCUAAAAAGUGGGGCAGAUGGCAAGGCUGAGGGAUGGGCUCUGUAUCCUCCUAAAGCCGUCCCUUCUCCACUUCCCCAAAGGAAGGGACAGCUGCGGGACCAGGUCUGUGGAAAGUGGUGCAUGGUCAGAGUGGGUGCAGUUUGAGGGGCCCAUGUGGAGGCCUCAGGGAGAUGUUGGACUGUGCCUGGAUUUUUACUCCUGCAUUGUUCUUUGCCAGAGACCUAUUUAAAAAUUUUAAAAUUCUCAUUAAAGUCAGCUUGGGUUUAAGAA